AUGUCUGCUAGUAUUCGAGACAGUAAACGGGAUAAUUCUCCUUUCUUUCUAUUACCAAAUGGUCAAUCUUUAACUCAUCGUGCUUUUGUUGCAAACUUAAGACAUUUAUUGCUUCGAUUAGGUUUUCAAGUUUCUGCUUAUAGUGGUCAUAGCAUGCGAGUAGAGGCGGCUUCAUCUGGAGCAGCGGCAGGUGUUCCUGAUCAUUUGAUUCAAACACUUGGACGUUGGACUUCUUUGUCUUAUGUACGUUAUAUACAUGUCAGUAACAAUGUUAUUCAAAAAGCUCAUAAUAGCAUUUUACAGUUUUCCACUUAAUUUAAUUUUUGGGCACGAAGCUUUUACUUAGCGCUCAAGCUUCUUGUGACAUUUUAAAGUACACAAGAAUGACUCAUCUACUUUUUUUGUUGUUGUUUAAUUAUGUAAAAAUUUUUAUAAUGCAGAAAAAUAUAUGCCCAACUCGCCACUUUAUAAUCAGAAACUUUAUAAUUUAGGAGGAGAUCGGCAUGAAACGAUUAUUUCUGACCAAAAGAAAACUGUUUCGGAGCACGAAAGUCACAUUUCAAGAUGGUUAUACGAAAACUGCUUAAUCCCUAAGAGAUCUCUCAGCAAAAUUCUCGUAGAAAAACUUUGUUUUUUCAAAAAGCUUUUAUUUUCUUGAAAAUGAUUUUUUGAGUGAUAUACGAUCAUUUCUGAGCAAAUUAAAACCAUUUCUGCGCAAAAAAAGUCCCAUUUUCACCUGUUCAUGCGAAAGUACCGCAUUGUAUGUGAGGUGUUCGAAGGUCUUUAGAAUGAUUUAAGAGCAUAUAGCCAAUGCGCCUCUUAUUUUUAUCUGUGAUGAUCUUCACAAUUAUUUCAUAGCAUAUAGCCUAUAAAUAUCUUAGUUUCACUAUGAGAGGACCUCAGAAGUAUUACAAAGUAUAUAGUCUAUACACCUCUUAUUUUCUACACAGAAAUCUCUUUGAGGGCCUUAGAAUUAUUUGGUAGGAUAUACCCUCUGCAUCACUUAUUUUCGGCAGUGGAAGAUAUUCAGGGGUCUUUAGAAUUGUUUCACAGUUUAGAGUAGAUAUGCUGUCAAUUAUAAUAUAAUUUUAAAGAUCUCAAAAGACUUCUUUCUGCUCAAAAUUAGAGAUUUAUAGAAUAUAUUCUAUGCAAUAAUUAUAAAGACUUGCAAAGAAUAGCCACUGCUCAAAAUUAUAGGUACAUAGAUCAUAUACUAUGAAAUAAUUUUGAAGGCCGGCAAAGAAUUUCGAAAACUCCCACAGACGGCUAUUGAGCCCCAAAGCUUCCCUUCCCAUUGAUAAAAAUAAGUGGUGUAUAUGGUAAAUACUAUGAGAUAAUUCUAAAGAUCCUCUUCCUGACCAUAUUGAAGAGAUUGAUGGUCCUUGUUUUAUUCUAUAGACAUUCAUUGUGGAUAAAAGGAAGGCGUUUUUUUUGUUUGCGAAACUUGGGGUUUUAAAUUAAAAAGACUAUAGAUUCUCAUGUUACCAAAAUUAUCAGGAAAAUAAGCUCGACACUGGGUGAACUGGAACUUGGGAGCUCAGUUUUCUGUUGUUUACAGUUUACCAAUCAAUUACAGUCCAUGCUUUAUGGUGUACAAUAGUAGGAGUCCAUCACUUGUAAUUCCAGUUCACUGGAAUCAAAUAAUUGUUAAAAAUUUAAUAAUAAUUAAUUAGCACUCAACUAAUUCGGACUCAAUUUAUUAAGACUCAGUCAAUGAGUACACUACUAAUAAGUUAAGUUAUAUUUAGUUGAGUAUUCAUUGAUUAAGUACUAUCUAAUUAAUUAUUAAAUAUUUAGAAAUUACAUAACGUUAGCAACCUAUGACCACAGGCAAAAGGAUGUUACUGUUGUAAAUCAUAAAACAUAAUCUGCAAUUGAUCGGUUAAAUACGAUUAAAAAGUGAGGUCGAAGUUUGAAGUUUACACGCUGAAUUCGUUUUUCUAAACCUACCCAAAUGCCAUUUUGUAGUUUUUAUUUUGGGGUGCAAUUCUAUAUGAAUUGUCGUCAAAUUUAAGCUUACACCAAGAUUUUGAAAUGAUCAGAAAUCUUGAUCUGCCAAAAUAGAUUCUUGUUUUGAUGUGUUUUGCUGUAUUCCAUUCUUCAUUCAAGGCUUGAGAGUCGUACUAAAUGAAACUGAUGACCAAUGAAAAUCUUGAUCUCGACACUGAAGCUCGUCAAGCCUAUCUGAACGAAUUUUUUCAACUCGCAAUGGAACCCAUCGAAACCAACAUUCUCCAUUUGAGCGGGUAUUUUGCUCAUAGAUGGACCUGAUAGUAUAUAUAAAAAUUCUAAAAGGGUUCGUGUCAUUAGGCCUUUCUUCUUGAGUUAUGAUCAUUUUACUAAAUUUUCAGGAUAUUGCAGGAUAUUACGAAAAAAAUUGCAACAGCAAAUUUUCACCUGAAAUUUUCCCCAACAACAGAUUUCAUGGUCUUUAUGAUAUCCUGAAAGUUUCAGCUCAAACAGACAUUUUUCUUUCCAGAUAACACAUUUGCAAAAAACAUUACUUUCUUAGGAAAACUCCGAAAAUAGUCCAUUUUUUAUACAUCUUAUAUCUUAAGAAGAAAUCAUUCGUUUGAACUGAAACUUUCAGCAUAUCAUAAGAACCAUGAGAUCUGUUGUUGGUGAAAAUUCUUUGUUGCGAUUUUUUUCCUAAUAUCCUACAAUAUGCUGAAAAUUCAGUAAAAUGAUCAUAAUACGAGAAAAAAGGUCUCAUGGCAUGAACUCUUCUAGAGUUUUUAUAUACACUAUGAGUCCUAAGUAUGAGCAAAAUAUGAGUUCAAAGGGACAAUGCCAAUUGAAUAGGUUUCCUCGUCAAGUUUGCUUUUUUUGUCAGAGUUGCACGCGUAAUGCUUAAAGUGUAUUCGUUAUUGAAAAAGAAACACUAUUUCUAUAUCAUCUGCAUUUGGAAAUAGUUGAGGAAGUUUAAUGAGUUCAGAUCGAAAUCUAUGAAUAGUUCAAAUGGUUUGUCCAUGUAUCGAAAAUGUUGGACCUGAAAGUCUCUAUUCAACGCAUACCAAAAGUUAUUUUUCAUUUUUCUAAAGGAAAUUUUCUUCAAAGUUAUAAUGAGAUUUCUCAAUAUAAGGAUUAUGGAAUUUGUUUCUAAGAAUCAGUGUGGAUUACAAAAUGUGAAUUUCGUCUUUAUUCAUUUGAUAUAUGCUGUUGAGCUAUUGUUUGGUGAAGAAAAGUUAAAGCUAUAAUAAUAUUGUGUUGAUUAGAUGUCGUAGACAAAACAGAUCUCGAGAAUGUGUAGGAAAUACAGCUGCAUCUCUUCCAAAUUUUUUUUAUAUUAUCCUUCAAUGAUUUUUUUAAAACCAUUAAAAAACAUAGUAUGUCGAAUACGCACAUUCCAUUUGCAAGAUUGUCGAUUUGUUCUGGUUUCAGUGAAAUUAUCCUUCUAUUUCCAAAUGCAGAUGAUAUAGAAAUAGUGUUUCUUUUUCAAUAACGAAUACACUUUAAGCAUUACGC